AUGGCCGCCCACGCGAGCAAAAAGAGGAAGACGUCACAUGUUUCAUCGAGUGAAGAGGAGGACGAUGCCUCGUUUGCAUCUUUCGGCGACAACGAUGGUAGCGAGGAAGCGAUGAGCGGAGUGGAGGAGGAGGAGGAUGAGAUGGAGGUAGAGGAUGAGAUGGGGGAGGAGGGGGGUGAAGACAACGACGACGACGACGACGACAUGCCACCCAAACCAGCGACAGCAGAGAAGAAAAAGAAGGCGACGGCCCCAACAGCGACGAACCCCCCUCCGACCGCUGCACAAUUGGCCUCGGCCAGUGGAUUCAAGUCGAAUGUCUUUCAGCUGCAAAGUGAUGAACUUUUGGCCCAAAUCCGCCCCAAAACGACGGGAAAGGCGGUCAAAGCAGGCGAGACGGCACUGCAUCAGAUCAAAGGGUCCGUGGAGAAGAUUGCCCCCAACGGCCCAUUUCUCGUGUCGGAUGCCGAACGACACCUCCUGCGAACCAAAGUCGCCGUUCCCUUCCCCACCCCUCGUCCCGCCGCCGAUGCGCAAUACAAGUUUGCAUAUGCCCGACCCGCCAACAUCAAUGUGGUCGGAAGUUUUGCCCUCAAGACGGCCAGUCGGACCCAGGAAGGGGUGGAAAUCGACAUGGUCGUCGUCAUGCCUGCCAGCCUCUUCGAAGACAAGGAUUACCUCAACCAUCGCUACUUCUACAAACGCGCCUACUAUCUGGCCAGCAUCGCUGCGGGCUUGAAGGUCGCCCACAAAGGCGAAUUCUCCCUCAAAUUCCAACAACMCCAUGGAAAUCCCCUCAAACCGAUCUUGGUCGUGUCUCCCGCACAACCAACCGGAAAGGAUGCGCCUCCCGCUCCCAAAUGGCGCAUCAACAUCAUCCCGUGUCUUGCGCCCGAUCAAUUCCCUGCCGAGAAGCUCAAGCUGGAUAAGAAUGGUGUCAGAAGUGGCCAGGAAAACACUCCCUUCUACAACUCUUCCCUCCGCUCUGACAUGCUGAUGACCAGCUACUUGAAAACUCUGCACACCGCCACCAAAUCUUGUGAAUCCUACAUGGAUGCCUGUCUUCUGGGCGGCACCUGGCUCAGACAGCGUGGGUUUGCCUCUUCCUCCGAAAGGGGAGGAUUCGGCAAUUUCGAGUGGAAUGCUCUCAUGGCCUUGUGUCUGCAAGGCGGUGGACCCAACGGAAAGGGCUUGUUGAGCACGGGCUACAGCAGCUAUCAACUCUUCAAGGCCACUCUUCAGCUCCUCGCCAUGAAGGACUUUCUCAAACAUCCUCUCAAUAUGAGUGGUAAUGAUACACCAACCCCGGUGAAUGCCACACCCGUAGUGUGGGAUGGGGCGAAAAGCCACAAUCUCCUCUUCAAAAUGUCCCAGUCAUCCUAUCGACUGCUCCGGAAUGAAGCCAAGUUGACGCUGAUCGCACUGGGAGAUCAGAUUCAUGACGGCUUCGAUGCCACCUUCAUCCUCCGUAUUGAUCAACCUCUCUACCGCUUCGACUACACCGUCGAGGUUCCGGAACGUCUUCUCAUCAACGCCGAAACCCAAGACCACCAUCCAGAUGAUCAUCUCAGCAAACUCUACGACACSCUCAAGAAAGGUCUGGGAGAUCGAGUCUCCCAAAUCACAAUCUCAAAACCUACCCUCGAAUCAUGGGCUUUGGGAUCCUCCCGUCCCACACCAAAAGGCAACAUCUCCAUCGGUCUAUUGGUCAAUCCCGACACUGUCAAACGUCUGGUCGAUCACGGCCCAGCUGCAGAGAACAAAUCGGAAGCUGCUUCCUUCCGCUCCUUCUGGGGAGACAAAUCCGAGCUUCGUCGUUUCAAAGACGGUAGCAUUCUUGAAAGUCUCAUCUGGACAUCUCCCGCAGAAAGUGGCGGCCAAUCGGUUUUGGAGCAAAUCAUCGGUUACCUACUCAACCGCCACUUCAACCUGCCCACAAUGGAAGACAUCAAAUUCCACGGCGACAACUUCACCAAGCUCCUCCGAGGUAGUACCGACAUCUCACUCUUCGCCCCAUUGAUGGAACGCUACCGCCAAUUUGAGAAUGACAUCCGCGAGUUGAGAGACCUUCCCCUCUCCAUCCGUCAAAUUAUGCCCGCAGACCCUCAACUCUGCUACUCCACCAUCCUACCUCCAUCCGCCAACAAACUCCCCAUCCCCUCGGAUGUUGUCCUCCAAUUCGAAGGCUCAGGCCGAUGGCCCGAUGAUCUCAUCGCAAUCCAACGAACCAAAAUCGCCUUUCUAUUGAUGAUCUCACAAAUGCUCUCAACUGCCCACUCAAAUCUCACCUGUCGCAUCGGCCUUGAGAAUGAAACCAACCCCACCUUCAAUCAAGCCUUUAUGGACAUCACAUAUGACCUCACCACAACCUUCCGUCUGAGAAUCUACCACGACAGAGAACAACAUCUUCACCAACGCACCCUCUCAGACAAGACCUCCGACCCCAAAUCCCGCGAACUCGCCGCCACAGGUCUCGCAACCUACAAAAAAUCCUUCCUCCUCCUCCCCGCUCAGACCCAAGCCCUGAUCCGCUUAAGCACCCGCUUUCCAGCCCUUUCCGGUUCAAUCCGCCUCCUGAAGAAAUGGUUUCAAUCGCACAACCUCUCAAACCACUUCCCAGACCCUCUAAUCGAACUCCUCGUAGUACGAACCUUCACCAACCCUCCCCCCUACGCCGUCCCCACAACCCCUCACACAGGAUUCUUACGCACACUAGCAUGGAUAGCAAGAUGGGACUGGCGCGCCGAACCCCUCAUCGUCGACCUCUCCACCGAACGCYCGGAUCUCCUGACAGAGAAGACAGUGCGAAGUAUCCGCACCACUUUUGAAGCGUGGAGAAAACUCGACCCGGGAAUGAACCGCGUGGCGCUCUUCGCGGCUAGUUCCGUGGAUGAGGAAGGAACAGCAUGGACGGACCCUCGACCUGGAAAAGUCGUCGCGGGACGCAUGACGGCUCUUGCUCGCGCUGCUGUUGCGGAAAUUGGAAAUAAGGGAUUCGAGGUGGAAAUUCUGCAGCUUUUUUGUAGUCCGCUGACGGAUUUCGAUUUUGUGUUACAUCUUUCCUCCUCUUCUAAUAAGGGGGGUAAGAGUGCAGGAGGAAAAAGUAAGGGUUUCAAGAAUUUAGAAAUCUCUGCUGAUGGAAGGGAUGAUGUGGAACGGAUUGGAUACUCUUCUCAUGCUGAGUAUUUGGUUGAGUUGGAGGAGGUUUAUGGGUCUUCGGUGUUGUUGUUUUCUGGAGGGGAGGAAGGGGGUGUUAUUGCUGGAUUAUGGAAUCCUUGUUUGGGGGAGAGGAGGGGGUGGAAGGUGAAUUUUGGGGUUUCUACUUUUCCUGUUGUUGUUGAGGGGAAAGGGGAUGUUGUUGUGGAGGCGGUUGUGGAUAAGGAGGGUAUGCUUAUGGAAAUGGGUAGGUUGGGUGGGGAUUUGGUUGCUAGAGUUGAGGUUAUUAAAGGGUGA